AUGGCUUCCGACCAGUCAAGAUACGCCAUACAUGCUGCGGCAAGGGAGGGCAAAGUCACCGUCGUUGAGUCUUUACUAAACGCAGAUCCAAAGCUAUCCCUUCUCAAAGAUGAUGACGGCCGCCUUCCUAUACACUGGGCUGCAUCUGCGAACAACCAACCCAUAGUGUUGAUGUUGGCUCAACAGAAAGAUUUCGACCCGGACGUUGAAGAUGCUAGUGGCUGGACCCCCUUAAUGAUCGCUGCAAGUGUAAAAGACGGCGACGCAGUAGUCGAGUUACUCCUCUCAAGAGGUGCCGAUGUAAACCAGAAGAACUAUAAUGGACAGACAGCUCUUCACUUUGUUGCUUCUAAGAGCAAUCUCGAGGUAGCUCGUAAGCUCCUAGAUCACAAGCCUCCGGCCUCCACCCGAGUCAGGGACAAGCGCGGCCAGUAUCCGAUUCACCGAGCCGCAGCCGUCGGCUCGGUGCCCAUGGUUAACUUGCUGUUACAAAAUAAAAGCCCCCUCAAUUCGACUGAUAAUUCGGGGUACACAGCUUUGCAUCAUGCGGUUGCUGAAGGUCACGGAGAUACCGCAGUCGCCCUGCUUAAGGCUGGCGCCGAGUUUGACAAGCGAGAUUCAGACGGAUAUCUCGCGUUAGAUCUUGCACCUGACAAGGAGGUUCGCAAAUACAUUGAGCGGGGGGCAGAAAAUGAGGGAAUCGACCUGUAA